UCUUGUUCUAUAUAUUCUCGCGCUCCCUUCCUCAGCUACGCCCUGUUGACAUUGAUCCCGCCAGGCCCACACCGUACUGCGUACGUCCCACUAGCCUGUGUAUAAAAAUGAACACCACCUCCUACACGACCUUCGCCAACGUCUCCCCCCGCCUCCCGCCCACGUCGAACAUCCUCGACGCCCGCCAGCGCACCCGCCUCAUCCGCACCACCCGCAAGCUCGGCGCAGUCCUCGGCACGACCCCCCAGCUCCUCGAGCAGGAUACCUCGUGUCCGAGCCCACCUCUCCUCCCUAUCGCCGGCCGCCGCUCGCCCGUCCGCAAGACCUCCGCGUACGCAAAGCGUCGCCAGGGAUCUGUCUUCGAGCUCCCUCCACCUACCGCUGCGACGUUCUACGACUCGUCUUCAGACGCGUCCUCCUCCGCCUCCUCGCUCUUCCUCCCGCGCACCAGUCUGGAUUCCGUCACCUCCAUCGAGUCCUCGGCGAGCCUCCCGGCGCCGAAGUCCUUCACCCGGCACGUCCGCGAGAAGUCGCGCUCCAAGGGCAAGCAGGCACCUCUCCCUACGCCGCUCGUCCUCCGCCUCAACGCCGUGGCCUUGCCGCCGUCUGACCCCCGCGUGCAGUGCCCCAUCACCCCAGACACCUCCUCCACCCUCACCCUCGCACAGUCCGCGUCCCGUUCCGGCGGCAUGCUCCCCGUUACGCCUACCACGCCGGUCACCCCGACUGCGACCGAGACGCGCCGGAAGCGGCUCGCGAAGCUGAAGCGCACGCUCGGCGAGAACGUCCCCGCGGAGCUCAUCCUCCCCUUCCGCUCCUCCCCCCGCUCCCGCCGUCAGUCCACGGCUGCCUCCCCCGCGACCGCGAGCUCCUCGUCGACCACAUCGCCCGUCCCGCCCACGCCUCGCGCGCAGGCGACGCUCCCGCGCAUAAAGCCGCAGGCGCAGCCGAACCGCAGGCGCAGCAUGUCCGUCGACUACUCGCACCCACAGCAGACCGCGUCCGCGCCCGAGUGCUCGUCCACUGCCUCCUCGCCCGCGUCCGAUGACCGCCCGAACUCGCGCGUGUGGGUUACGGGCGCGGGGACGUGGACGGGCGAGUGGAACCGCAAGGACAUCCGCGAGGUCGGGAUCAUCGUGACUAUGGUGCGGGGCGUCUAG